UUUAUUUAAAAGCUGGUGCCGGGAAACAGCGGUAGCGUUCAGUGUGGCUGAUCUGGCUGUGUGAUUUGGUCUAAAAUGGCAACCAUGAUCUUCAUUGACCAAGAGAACAAUGUUGCUUCUACACUGCUGUCUAAGGAGCGUGUAAAAGGUGCAGGAAAGCGGGUUGUCAGAAGCCACCAGGGCAAAGUAUUUGGUUCUGCAUCAGGAGAAAAGGCAUCAAGAAAAGCUCUGGGGAUUGUGAACAAGCAGGUGACAACCCAGAAGACGGCGCAGUGUCUGAAAGGAGACCUUAAAGUGAAGAAUCCUGGACCAGCUGCUAGAAAGGUUUCAGAAGCGCCUCUUAAGCCUGGCCUGCAGUGCUACCCUGAAAUCGAAACCUUUGUUCCCUACAAUCCUGCAGACUUUGAAACCUUUGAUGUCCCAGAAGAACACAAACUGAGUCAUCUUUCCCUUACUGGUGUUGAUCUUCUGGUGAAUGAUGCUAAGACGUUUGACUCGCUAAUAAGUCUAGAACCAGCCCUAAUGGAGAUGCCUGCUUUUAGCUGGGAUUCAGAUGCUGACAGUCUGCCAUCUUUCCUUGCCACUUUGGAGGAGAUCACAGUGGACAUGCCUCCAAUGCUUCAGUGUUAAAACAUUUUAUUUCAUUGCACUUUGUUUAAUAAAGGUUUUUAAUUUAUUUU